AUGGAUUCCAGCAGCAACAGCUCUCGAAAAGCGGCAGAUGAUGGUAUAGAGGAGUACGAACGUUUUGCGCUCAUCCGAGCUGGAGUUUUGGGUUUGGUGUUUCUCUUUGCUGCUUGUGGUAAUUUUUUCUUUUUGUAUACACUCUGGAAGAAAAGGAAAAAAGGAACCAAAACUCAAUUAUUUCUCUUACAUUUGUGUUUUGCGGACUUGGUUGUUGCGUUUUUUCAAGUGUUACCACAGUUAUCCAUGGAAAUUACGCACAGGUUUAAAGGCACGGACUUUGUGUGCCGUUCCGUGAAAUACCUGCAGGUGGUUGGGAUGUUUGCUUCGGCAUACAUGAUAGUGGCUAUGACCAUUGAUCGUUACCAUGCUGUUUGUAAACCCAUGGUCUCUUUCUUUAAGGGCUCAUUUAAGAGGCAUCUCUCUAUAGGCGCCGCGUGGUUGAUCUCGCUUGUGUUCAGCGCGCCUCAGCUCUUCAUCUUCUCACUCCAGGAGGUCGAAGAGAAGCAGUUUGACUGCUGGGCCACAUUCAUAGAGCCCUGGGGGCGGCGGAUAUACAUCAGCUGGAUCACUCUGUCAGUGUUUGCUUUGCCUGCUGUCAUCUUACUCUUCUGUCAGAUGAGAAUAUGUACAACAAUUUACCUCAACAUGAAGAAAAAAGCGCUCCAAGCACGACCCCUUCGCACAGGUCCUAAGGGGGUGUCCAGUGCCAUGCUGAAAACAGUUAAAAUGACAUUUGUAAUUAUAAUGACGUACACUGUUUGCUGGAGUCCAUUCUUUGUUGUCCAAUUAUGGACAGCGUGGAGUCCAAGCACUGCUCCAACUGAAGGUCCAAUUUUUGUCAUCAUUAUGUUGCUGGCCAGUCUCAACAGCUGCACAAAUCCAUGGAUAUACAUUUACUACAGCUAA